UUCACCUUUCAUCCAGACAAACAAAGUCCUUAAGCAAACUGGGCAGGGCGAAUAGCAGCAGAUUUAUUCUGUUAGCUGGACGUCAACCACCUCAUUUUUUCCCCUUCAGUCACAAUAGAAACAUGUUUGUUUCAAUCUUUCUCUUAUGGCUUUUUGUUUGGUUUGUCAUCGUCCUAUUCAAAUCUCAGAGGCCAAAGAACUUCCCACCCGGACCCCCCAUCUUGCCUGUAUUGGGGAACCUUUUGAAUCUGAGCCUGGAGAACCCACUGAAGGAUUUUGACAGGCUGAGCAAAUCCUAUGGAAAAGUCUACAGUGUUUACAUCGGUCCAAAACCAGCUGUGAUCAUCAACGGGCUGAAGGCCAUGAAAGAAGCCAUUGUGAUCAAGGCUGCUGAUUUCUCUGGACGACCCCAAGACUUGUUUGUCAACGAUGUUACCAGGAGGAAAGGAGUGAUUCUGGCGGAUUAUGGCUCAAGCUGGCGGGAGCACCGUCGUUUUGCUCUGAUGACUUUGAGAAAUUUUGGUUUGGGGAAAAAGUCAAUGGAGGACAGAAUUAACGACGAGAUUCAAUACACUAUUAAAACGCUGGAGAGCAGUAUCGGUAAAACUCUGAGUCCUCAGGUCAUGUUCCAUAAUGCAGCCUCCAACAUCAUCUGCCAGGUCCUGUUUGGAAGACGCUACGAGUACGAUGAUGACAUGAUCAAAGUGAUCGUCCAGUGCUUCACAGAAAAUUCCAAGAUAGCCAACGGACCGUGGGCCAUGAUAUAUGAUUCUUUUCCUAUUAGUCGUAAACUCCCGCUGCCCUUCAGAAAAGCUUUUAAAAAUGCAGAGAUUUGUGAGAACUAUGCUAUCCAUUUGGUGAAUGAACACAAGAAGACCCGUGUUCCUGGGGAGCCUCGACACUUUGUUGACUGUUAUCUGGAUGAACUGGAAAAGCGAGGCGAUGAUGGUUCUUCCUUUUCAGAAGAACAGCUCAUAAUGUACAGCCUCGAUCUUCACUUUGCUGGGACUGACACGACCUCCAACACCCUGCUUACAGGAUUUCUUUACCUGAUGAACUACCCACAUGUUCAAGAACGAUGUCAACAAGAGAUAGACCAGGUCCUGGAGGGGAAGGAUCGAGUCAGUUAUGAGGACAGAAACAACAUGCCAUAUGUCCAGGCUGUGAUCCAUGAAAUUCAGAGGAUUUCCAACACUGUUCCUCUCAGUGUCUUUCACUGCACGACUAAAGACACAGAGCUCAUGGGAUUCUCCAUUCCCAAGGGUACAAUGAUCAUCCAGAACCUGAAUUCGGUGCUGAGGGAGGAAGGACAGUGGAAGUUCCCUCAUGAAUUCAACCCGGAGAACUUCCUAAAUGAACAGGGAGAGUUUGUCAAACCUGAAGCUUUCAUGCCUUUCUCUGCAGGUCCUCGGAUGUGUCUUGGAGAGAGUCUGGCUCGUAUGGAACUUUUCCUCAUCGUGGUGACUCUGCUGAGGAGGUUUAAGUUCAUCUGGCCGGAGGAUGCUGGAGAACCAGACUUCACCCCGGUUUAUGGAGUCACUUUGACACCCAAACCUUAUCGUAUGAAGGUCCAACUCAGGUCAAAACAGUGAGGAGAAGAAACAGAGAAGAAAUAACAAGAUACUCUGAAGAAAAAAUAAAUAAAUCCAAAUCAU